CCAAUUCAAAAUUAAACAACAAAACCCCCCAUUGCAUAAACAACAGAAUACUAAAGUAGAGGAAAUUCAGCUCAAUUUUUAAGCGUCUUACAGAGGUAUUACAGAGUAGAAGAACAUGGCUUCAAGACAAGCAGCAAAGGAAGAAAGAGCUGAGGCAGCUGCAAGGGAAGCAGCUGAGGAACUUCAUGAUGUGAACAAGGCGAGGACAGCACACGAGCAAGGUAGCAUGAUCCAUGAUGAAACUCAACAAAAUGAGCAGAGCUCUGGCGUAAUCGGAAGUAUUUUUAAGUCGGUUAAAGAGACGAUCACAGGGAAAACUCAUGACACAGCCGAGGCGACAAGAGAGAGUAAGGAUGUCGCAGCACAGAAGAUUCAUGGAGCUUCUGACACUGCUGGUCAAAAAGCUAGGGAGGCUGGAGAAAAAAUGGGCGAGUAUAAGGAUUACACAGAGAAGAAGACAAAGGAGAUGAAGGAUUCUGCUGCAGGAAAGGCGACACAAGCCAAAGACGCUACAAUAGAAAAAGCAAGCGAAUACAAAGACUAUGCGACAGAGAAAGCUAAGGAGACAAAGGAUUCCUUAGUGGGACCAGCAACUGAACUUAAAAACAAAGCUGCAGAUAAGGCAGAGGAGACUAAGGAUUACACAAUGGGAAGAGCUGGUGAAUACAAGGACUACGCUGCUGAGAAAGCUAAAGAAGCGAAAGAAGCUACCAUGACAACAGCCAGUGACUAUAAGGAUUCAAUGGCUGAUAAAACAAAGCAAACAAAAGACGCAACAAUGGAGAAAGCAGUGGAGUGUACGGACUAUACAGCAGAGAAAGCUAAAGAAGGGAAGGAUACCACCUUUGGAAAGAUAUCUGAGCUAAAAGAUACAGCUGCUGAUGCUGCCAGAAGAGCUGUGGGUUUAUUGACAGGGAAAAAGGAAGAGACUACUGAUGCGGCACUGAGAAAGGAGGAACCAAAGGAACUAUAUCAAGAAACAGAGGACAAUGCAAGGAAAAUGAUGCAAGAACUUAAGCUCAAAGAAGAAGGAAUCCAGGAUGAGACUAGGCAGAGAGCCGAGGCAGAUAAAGAAACAGCAGCUGCUAGGGGAAGUGCGGCAAAAAAGAACAUCUAUAGUGCAAUGGGGAAUCUAACAGGUUCCAUCAAGGAGAAGUUGACUAUGCCAAGUGACAUAGUAGAGGAGACACGUGCAGCACGUGAGUUGGGCGGACCGAAGAGGGGUAAGAGGACGGAUGUUGCUGAGGGAAGUGAUGUUGCUCGAUCAGGUUUCGUUUUCACAACAGCAAAGGAUGAAACAAGUUCAUAGAUAUAUAGAUCUACCAAUGUCAACUUGUACAUUAUCCUUUCUGUGGCUUAUCCUAUACAAAAAUGAGGCAUGUAUAAUGUCUUUGUUAGUUGCUGUUCACUUCCUAUAAGCACUCAAGUGUAGAAGUAUUACUAUAUAUUAAGAAAUGUUCGUUAAAAUAACGAAUGAUGUCCAUUAUAGUUAUGGUUA